CGCGCGGUGUGGGUGUGCUCGAGGGGAAUCAGGGUUGCCGCAAUGUCCGGCCGUGGCAAACAAGGAGGCAAAGCGAGGGCGAAGGCGAAGUCUCGCUCUUCCAGGGCAGGGCUCCAGUUCCCCGUCGGCCGUGUCCACCGCCUUCUCCGCAAAGGGAACUACGCCGAAAGGGUGGGAGCCGGGGCCCCGGUUUACCUGGCCGCGGUGCUGGAGUACCUGACGGCCGAGAUCCUGGAGUUAGCUGGCAACGCGGCUCGUGACAAUAAGAAGACCCGUAUCAUCCCCCGCCACUUGCAGCUGGCCGUUCGCAACGACGAGGAGCUGAACAAGCUCUUGGGGGGAGUGACCAUCGCCCAGGGCGGAGUCCUGCCCAACAUCCAGGCCGUGCUCUUGCCCAAGAAGACCGAGAGCCACAAGGCCAAAGGCAAAUGAGGAACGCAUAGCAGUGCCACACAAACGGCUCUUUUCA